ACAGGUCUGAUGCAUUUUUUUUUUUCUAAGGACAGCCACUUGGACACAGGGCAGUCAUGAGGAAGCUGCUCCUUCUCACUUUCCUGGUAGCUGACGUCUGCGGAUGUGGCCUUCCCGCUUACCCUCCUGUGCCGGCUCGAGUGGUUGCAGGAGUGGACGUUAAGCCACACAGUUGGCCGUGGCAGGUUUCUCUGCAGUCAGACAGCAGUGGGCGAUGGAGUCAUGUGUGUGGGGGAACUUUGAUCGCACCCGAGUGGGUCCUCACUGCUGCGCACUGCAUUAAUGGCCGUCACAACUAUAGAGUGGAAGUGGGUAAGCACAGCUUAAAGGCGAGCGAGGAAAACUCGGCAGCUCGGCGGGCGGCCCGGAUCAUCACCCAUGAGGGCUACAACAUCCUGCUCAGCCGCAACGACAUAGCCCUGAUCAAGCUCUCCUCCCCUGUGGUCUUCUCUGACACCAUCAUGCCAUCCUGCCUCCCACCACGUCAUGCCAUUCUUCCCCAUGGUGCCGCAUGCUACAUAACUGGCUGGGGUCGGUUGUCCACUGACGGUGCGCUAGCUGACAUCCUGCAGCAGGCUCUACUGCCAGUGGUCGACCAUGACACCUGCUCGCAUUCCGAUUGGUGGGGCGUCCUGGCAACCGACAAGAUGGUCUGCGCUGGGGGAGACGGCAUCACUGCUGGCUGUAAUGGAGACUCCGGGGGUCCUUUGAACUGCCAGAACCCUGAUGGCUCCUGGACCGUGCAUGGCGUGGUGAGCUUUGGUUCAGGGCAGGGCUGUAACUUUUUCCAGAAGCCAACCGUGUUUACUCAAGUCAGCUCCUACUUGGACUGGAUUGACAGAGUUAAGACCAACUACUGAUGCAGCUGUUCAAAGGGCAACCUAAAAUGGUCUAAUACUAAUAAUAAAUUGUCUGAUAUGAACAACUAGGGGAAAAUUUUAAUCAAUGUCUUUUACAUCGUAUAUUUUAUGGCCAUAU